UAGCCGCAAAUGUGUGUGUUCUAUCUUGUUUAUUGUGCAGUGGGAGAACUGUCUUUUCUUUCUCGUUGUUUAUUUCUUGUAUUUUACUAUCUCUCCACUUGUGUGGAAAAGUUUCUGGUAUCUGCAGACUGGAUGUUCAACUUUUACUGAAACUCGUAGCGGAUAUAUUUCGUAAUAUUGUGAUGGAAAUGACAAGGAAGAAAUCAAACACCAAGUUAUUUCAAUAUUGUUCGCUAUUAUUUACAUGAUCUGCGGUAAACCGCAAAUUUCGGUGUUUUUCAGUUAAUAUUAAAAUAUUAUUAGCCGUCUAAUUAUGGAAAACAAAAGUUGCAACAAUUUUAUUAGUUAUGUGGGACUUGAAGAGCACGAGAUCCAGACUUUGAGCUCCAGUCGCCGUAAUUCAUUAAUUGAGAAUAAUAUAAAAUUAUUACCAGGAGAAGUUCUUAUCGCUGAAGCACAGAGUGUUCUUAUGUUUUCACCAGUCAGUGACUUGAAACAAGGAAUUUCGGGUGUAUUGUCAGUAACUAACUUCAAGCUUACCUUCAUUACUAGCGAUGAUUCGAAUGGAGAGGAUGUUACUCACCAACAAAACCAUCUAUAUGGAUAUACAGAUACAUGUUUGACAAAUAUUGAUGAAAUUUACAUAAUGGUGGGUGAUAAGAAAAGAAAACUAGCUCCUGGUAAUAUAGUACCAUCGAAAGUAAAAGGGAUAUUCAUUAUUUGUAAAAAUUUAAGGACAUGGUCUUUUUCUUUCAAAUUUUCACCCCUUGGGCAUGGUAAGAAUCUUCUUACUGCAUUGUUACAUCAUGCUUUCCCUAGCAGGCACCAAUUGUUAUUCGCCUAUGAUUACAAGGAAGCCUAUUAUAGUAGUCUUGACAAAAACGUCCAGCUAUUUCGAGAUAUAUCGGAUUGGCAAAACGAGUUAAAAAGAACACUGUAUAGCGAUGAAAUAAGGAAAGGUUGGAGAUUAUCCACUGUUAAUGCCAAAUUUCAGCUUUGUCCUAGUUUAUCGCAAUACGUAAUCGUACCUGCAUCUGUAACCGAUAGUCAGUUAACAGACGCGGCCAGACAUUUUCAAGGCAACAGACCUCCAGUGUGGUCUUGGACAAAUGUGUACGGAGCAGCGUUAGUAAAAAUGUCUGAACUGUUACCAACGAUAACGGAGAGGAGGCAAGAGAACAUUAUGUUUGAAAAUGUUCGUAAGAGCCAUCCUCAGAAGAUGCCGCCGGUUGUUGUCGAAUUAAAUAAAGAGAUUAAUGUAAAGUUAAUAGCUAUAGGUUUUUCGAAGUUUAUUAGUUUAUGUUCAGCAGAAAAUAUUAGACAAUUUUGGGUUCAAGACAAUAAUUUCUAUUCGUUGUUAGAAAAUACAAAGUGGCUUAAAUACAUAUCGUAUUGCUUGCAAAAAGCAGUCGAUGUCUGUGACCGUCUUAAUUUAGGGUAUUCCGUCAUCUUACAAGAAGGUGCCGGUAGAGAUUUGUGCUGUGUUAUAUCGAGUUUAGUUCAACUAUUACUGGAUCCUCAUUUCCGCACUAUCACGGGCUUUCAGUCGUUACUACAAAAGGAAUGGGUCGCUGGCGGUCAUCCAUUUUGCGACAGAUUAGGCCAUAUUGUUAAAACUAACUCGGAAAAGUCUCCAUUGUUUCUCCUGUACCUCGACUGCGUUUGGCAAUUGUGCCAACAGUACCCGACCGAAUUCGAAUUCACGGAGACCUACUUGACUACGUUAUGGGACACCGUACACGUAUCCAUUUUCGACACCUUUAUCUUCAACUGCGAGAGAGAUCGGGCAGUGGCAGCUAUGGAUCCCAAUACGCCCCUCGUGCUCCGCAGUGUUUGGGAUUGGCGGGAGCAGUUUGGUGAUCAGGACAUCAUGCUAUUUUACAACCCUCUAUUCGUUCCUCGCAACACCAGCAAGACGGACAGCAGGGCGAUCGUGAAGCCUGCCUGUGCUAUUUCCAGUUUGGAACUCUGGACGCAAUGUUACUUCCGUUGGAUACCGGCCCUCGAGAUUCACAACGGCGGGCAGAGGCACGCCGAGCUUUACGUCAGGCUGCUCCAGAACGACGUGAAUCAGCUCAGGAUCAACGUGAACGGCAAUUGCGGCUCGCCCGUGGACAAAGUCGGUAUCUACUCCCUUCAUACGAACAUCGAUAGCUUUUAUCCCUUCAGCAACAAGAGAUCGGGCAACGCUAUCAGCACCCCGAUUAUGAAUAGUUCAAUCAUCAUAACGGAGAGCUUGUUGGACGCACAAUCAUUGAUAACCGCGACCGACUGAUCGGACGCUGAUUACAGUUCAGGAUGUACCUGAUUACAUUCCCCUUUCUUCCUUCUUACGGAAUGGAUAGCGCGAAAUCACCCUAGGUAGGCGAUUUUUCCCCUUAGUAUUAGAAUCGCACGUCGUAUUCUCUCUCACAGCCCGUUAAGUUUCAAUAUUAAUUAUCUGAUAGUAAUUUAUUCUUAAGUUAAGACAGAGACUUUGUUAAACCAACGAGCGUCUGAGUGACGGUAGUGCGCAAAGAGCUUCUUCGAUUGAUGUAGACAGCCGUCGGCUCCUUUGUUAUAUUUUACGGUUUACGUUCUACAAUCGAGGAAAAGGACAGAUCUUCGGGAACGCGAUAUAAAUAUUGAAGUUUAUUUAAUUUUCUUGACACUCGACAUGAACUUGUAUUAAGAAGUAGAGACUCUUUUUUUAUAUGUUUUUUUUUUUUUUUCACAAAGUAGAUCUUAAGUGUUAAUCUCGUCGCAACCGAGUGCAGCUUGCACCUUUUCUCGCAGAACAAAUAGGAUAAUUUGUAUUUCCACGAGCUUUAUGUAUACUCCGAUAGAGAAUAUUAAAUAUUAUCAAGUCAAGUUGAGUAAUUUUAAGAAAUGACUAACGACGGAACGAAACAUCGAUAUUUGUAUAUAAAUUACAAUGCGAAUAGAAAGAAAUAAAUAAUUUUGAAUACU